CCUGAAUCCUUGUCGAGACAACCAAAAUCCAUGUGGCAGCUACAGCGCAAUCAGAAGCACAUUGACCGAUUACAAUCAGAAGGGGUGGUUGUGUUAUAGUCGAUGUCUUUUUUGGUACUAAGGUGAUCGGUGAAACAGAUGUUUGCAUUAUAAGACGCUCGUAAAUGUCAAUAUAUGUUAUAAAUUUAUAUUCCUAACUAAUGUAUGAUGGUGCAUUUGUGAUAACACUAAACGGUUGAAGUGGAACAAAACUCAAGCGCAUUCAACAGUGUGUUAACCAGAAUGCAUUUUCGUCUGUAAUGCUAAAGAUCUUUAAACAUACAUACAUUUUUGCCAGUGGCCAGUACGUAUGCGUCUUCCAAGUACUGCAGCUAUUAACACCAUUUUGCCUCUAAGAUCUAUAGCCCCGUUCAUGUGUUUGAAUAAUAUGCAAUAUAAUUAUAGAGGUAUUCAUCAAUACAUCGUAUACACCUAGGUUGGUCUGAAGAGAGCCUAAACAUCGAUUUGGCUUCAAAUCCAGGUUUCGUCAUAUAUAAUAACGUUAAGCUUAUUUCAAAAUAUAGGAAUGCAGGUGCAGGUGUAUCGGAGUGGAGGGGUUCUUCGUUUAUAAGCGUAAGACUCGCCGUUUAGGGACAAACAAGUGUAGAUCAGAAAACAUACAAUGUUUAUCCUUUUGCUUCUGUCCUGCUUGAGUGUGGUGCUGGCUGUUCCAGUACAAUUGGGAGGAUAUGGAGAAGUUUAUUCUCAGGCACCCCUCAUUCAUGCUCCAGUAGUCCAUGCUGAGCCAGUUUCGUACCCAAAAUACACUUUCAACUACGGAGUCAAGGACCCUCACACCGGAGACAUUAAAAGUCAAGAGGAGCAUAGGGACGGUGAUGUCGUCAAAGGUAGCUACUCGUUAGUUGAAGCUGACGGCACCACUCGCACUGUUCAUUAUACGGCUGACGAUCACACUGGAUUUAACGCCGUAGUACAGAGAUCAGGCCACGCUGUACAUCCAGUACAUGCUCCUGUGGCUCAUUAUGCCCCUGCGCCUGUGCUCAUCUCUUCUUACGGACACCAUUAGAUUAACAUACAACGUUAAAACUCUAGAUAUACUCGCAACAAUGAUAUUUAUAAAUUAGUUAACAUAUUAAGAAACUUCCUAUAAUCGUAGCAUCUGAAGUACAAGUAAGUUUUAAUGUUAUUUAAAAAAAAAUCCAUUAAACAUGUUUUUGUUAUCUUAAAAUAUAAUAAAACCACAAUAAAACUUUGUAUAUUU